GGCAGGCCGGGCUGAAGUUUGGUUGAAUGGGGGAGUACAAAGACGAGUUUGAAAGGUGCGGAUGGCAUGUCUCUCGCUGCGGCGCGGGUGAGCGCGGAGCAGGGGAGAGAUGCAGCUGGCGGUGCCCGGGGAAGCCAGCGCUUCCGAGCAGCGUCUCCUGUAAAGUGCCAGCCUCCUCUCCGAGAAAGAGCAACUGGGCAGCUCAGCAACGAGCUAGAUUUUUGCAUUGCAGAGAAAAAGAAACCACUCUGCUGCUGGUUUUUUUUUUUUUUUAAAUCGUUUUUAUUUAUUUAUUUAUUUAUUUAUUUAUUUUAUUUUUUUUUUUUUUUGCCGUGGAAGGGUGAGGACCUGCACCUUAGGCUGACUGCAUUGAUCCGAAGCAAAAGCCAGGUCAGCAGCAGACGGAGGAGGAUGUGUGAAUGAAUUGCCAGGUCCCCUUCGAUCCUGCUUUGCAGAGAAGGCUGCAUUGCCCCUGGAAGACAAGACCAUCGCUAGUUCUUCUGGCUCAUUUGGUGUGUCUGCUGCGGAGAUAGCGCAUCGUCCCGCAGCGGGAGCCGCUGGAUAAAACCUACCCCCAAGCGUUCUGCUGGCUGGGAAAUAGCCCUGUGAGCUAGCGGAUGGCUCUGUCUCUCUUAAGGAGUCGAUUGAUUUGGUUCUCCCCCCGGACACUAAUGCUGAGUCUGCUAAAAGGGAAAGCUCAGCGUAUGUCCCCUUUGUAAAGGAUGCAUCCACUAUCCAGACUAUUAUUGUACUGAGAACCUAAAAAAAAAAAAACCCAAAAAACAAAAAAAAAAACCCAAGCUCCCCAUCUGCUGCAGCGCUCUGCGCUGGGGCGAGGAGGGAUUUUGACAAUCUCUAGGACGAUUUCUUUUUCUAUGCGACUAACCGCCAAAGACUAGUCCCAGCACCGCCGUCCCUCUGCCCUUUGUAGUUUGGUUCUGAAUCCUUUCAGAUGAUCAACAAAUCGUGGUUUGUCCAGGCGCUAACCCCAGGAGGGAGUUAUCACUGAUGCUCUUCUGCCUUUCACGCAGCUGCCAGUGCAGAAAUAUGCUGGCUCUUCAGCACGCUUCUUGUAAGGUACCUUGGAGUGGGAGCCUUUGCUUCUUGUGCCGGGAUAAUUGUUUUGGUCCAAGAGAGGAUUUGCAGUUUUACAAUGCUAAUAAAACUGAGUAAUCUGGGGCUGUGAUUCUGGUUUGUGGUGGGAGUUCAGGUGAUUUUUCCUCUCUCCUUCCCCAGCCCCCUUUGUAUGAAAACUCUGUAUAAUUAUUUAAAGGAAUGACCAGUUCCCUAGAGACUUGGGAGAGGAAAUGACAGAUGGGGAGAACCCUUUAGGAAGCUGCUGCUGGAAUUCCAGCUAUUUAUGAGGCACUUGUAGCAGGCUCCAGGAGACCCCAGGUUGUAGAGGAGAGGGUGAUUGUUCACCAAAUUGGCUGUGCUCUCCUGACAACUAUCGGGAAUCUUGUAUCGCUGACAGCCUGAGACUUUUGUGUGAGCCAGGACUUUGCCAAAGAGGGAAGGAUCUGCAGUUUUCGCUCCCCUUGCAUUGUUCCCCUGACGCUUGGAGAAAGAUGCUUGGAAGUUCAGGUCCCUCCUGGCUGUGAGUGGACUUUUUUUUCUUUGUGGCUUGUCCCCUUUUCCAACACUCUUUGCUGCAGGGCAUGUCCCGGCCCAACAGUGUGAGCCCCCCGGGCUUUGGAGCCCCUGCACCUCGGGGAGGCGCCGAGCAGCAUCGAUCGGCCUGGGGGGAAGCAGAGUCCAGGGCCAAUGGCUAUUCCUACCCACCUGCCCCAAACAGAUCAUCGAGCAAGAAGCCUUCUUGCAUGGCGAGCAGGUGGAGGAGUGAGGAAGACUACGAGCCUCAGCCCAACAGGAACCACGGGGAGAGCAUUUGCAGGAUGUUGAGUUUUAGAUCCAAAUCGGCCUGGCAGGAGCAUGGCGAAGAUAGUCGCCGCCACCAGCGCAGAGGGAAUCCCACUUUUACAACCAGCCCUCGGCACUUUGGGGAGCUGGGUGAGGUGCGGCCCCGGUCCGUGGAGCUGGGCCUGGAGGAGAAGCGGAUCAAGGCCAAGCUUGAGGAGCUGGAGGAGGAGGAAAGGGACUCCCAGGUGGCCUUCUCCAGGGGCAGCUGCUGCGGCAGCCUGUUGCAGAUCUUCAGGUCCAAGAAGUUCCGGUCGGAGAAGCUGGAGCGCCUCUACCAGCGCUACUUCUUCCGGCUCAACCAGAGCAGCCUCACCAUGCUGAUGGCCGUGCUGGUGUUGGUGUGCCUGGUCAUGCUGAUCUUCCACGCCGUGUAUGGUCACUACAAGGUGUCCUAUGUGGUGGUGCUCUCGCUGGCCAUCCUGCUGGUGGUGGUGUUGUGCGUGCUGUGCAACCGAAACGACUUCCACCAGGACCACAUGUGGCUGGUGUGCUACUCGGUCAUCCUGGCCAUCGUGGCCGUGCAGGUGGUGGGGGUGCUGCUGGUCUGGCCCAGGAGCGCCUCCGAGGGCAUCUGGUGGACUGUCUUCUUCAUCUACAGCAUCUACACGCUGCUGCCAGUCAGGAUGAGGGCUGCAGUCAUCAGCGGGGUGGUCCUGUCAGCAAUCCACCUGGCCAUCUCCCUGAAAACCAGUGCAGAGGACAAGUUCCUGUUAAAGCAGCUGGUCUCCAAUGUUCUCAUCUUCUCCUGCACAAACAUUGUAGGAGUGUGUACCCAUUACCCAGCUGAGGUGUCUCAAAGACAAGCAUUCCAAGAGACCAGGGAGUGCAUUCAGGCCAGGCUACAUUCUCAGAGGGAGAACCAGCAACAGGAGCGGCUCCUGCUCUCUGUACUUCCUCGUCACGUUGCCAUGGAGAUGAAAGCCGACAUUAAUGCCAAACAGGAGGAUAUGAUGUUUCAUAAGAUCUACAUCCAGAAGCACGACAAUGUCAGCAUCCUCUUUGCAGACAUAGAGGGGUUCACCAGCCUGGCCUCCCAGUGUACAGCUCAGGAGCUGGUCAUGACGCUGAAUGAGCUCUUUGCCAGAUUUGAUAAGCUUGCAGCUGAAAAUCACUGUUUACGUAUAAAGAUCUUGGGUGAUUGCUAUUACUGCGUGUCUGGAUUACCAGAAGCAAGAGCUGACCAUGCACACUGCUGUGUUGAAAUGGGAAUGGACAUGAUAGAGGCUAUCUCAUUGGUCCGGGAGGUGACAGGAGUCAACGUGAACAUGAGGGUUGGGAUCCACAGUGGGAGAGUUCACUGCGGAGUCUUGGGCCUCAGGAAGUGGCAGUUUGAUGUGUGGUCAAAUGAUGUCACGCUAGCCAAUCACAUGGAAGCUGGAGGUAAAGCAGGGCGAAUCCACAUUACCAAAGCAACCUUGAAUUAUCUGAAUGGAGACUACGAGGUGGAACUGGGUUUUGGAGGAGAACGCAAUGCUUACCUCAAGGAGCACAGUAUAGAGACCUUCCUGAUUGUACGCUGCAGUCAAAAACGGAAAGAUGAGAAAGCGACAAUAGCCAAGAUGAACAGACAGCGCACCAAUUCCAUCGGCCAUAACCCUCCACACUGGGGUGUGGAUCGCCCCUUUUACAACCAUCUGGGUGCUCACCAGGUCUCCAAGGAGAUGAAGAGAAUGGGUUUUGAGGAUCCCAAGGACAAGAACACCCAAGAAAGCAUGAACCCGGAGGAUGAGGUGGAUGAGUUUCUGGGCCGUGCAAUCGAUGCCAGAAGUAUUGAUCGGUUACGCUCUGAGCACGUUCGCAAGUUUCUUUUAACAUUCAGGGAGCCUGACUUAGAGAAGAAGUACUCCAAGCAAGUGGACGACAGAUUUGGAGCCUAUGUGGCUUGUGCCUCCCUCGUCUUCCUCUUCAUCUGCUUUGUCCAAAUCACAAUCGUGCCCCACUCUACAUUUAUGUUGGGUUUUUACCUGACCAGUUUCUUGAUCCUGACCACAGUGGUGUUUGUUUCGGUCAUUUACUCCUGCGUAAAGCUUUUCCCAGCUCCACUUCAGACUCUCGCAAGGAAGAUUGUUCAAUCCAGGACCAAUAGUACCUUAGUUGGGGUCUUCGCCAUUAUACUGGUUUUUCUGUCAGCAUUUGUCAACAUGUUCAUGUGCAGCACUGUGGAUCUUGUCAGCUGUGUGGCUACAGAGUAUAACAUCACUCCCGACCAGGUGGACAUAUGCCUUAUCAGCAACUCAUCUUUCAAAUACAGCCUGGGCACCUGGCAGGGAUUCUGUGGCAGUUCCCUGCCCAAUUGCAACUUCCCAGAGGGCCCAGUUGUUCAAGGUGUUACAGGGUGCCCCAGAUGUGCUGAGUGCCCUUACCUCCUAUUGGAGCAGUUGGAGAUAUUUACCUACAGUGUCUUACUGAGUCUCCUGGCCUGCUCUGUGUUCCUUCAGAUCAGCUGCAUCGGGAAAACUGAUCCUAUGUUGAUCAUCGAAUUCAUAUACGUUCUCAUUGUGGAGGUGCCAGGGGUGAACCUCUUUGACAAUGCAGAUCUUCUAGCUGCAGCCAACACUGUUGAGUUCUCUAAUGCAACAUCAACAUGCUCCCAGAAAGUGUCGAGAGUGGCACUGAAGAUCGUGACCCCUAUCAUCAUAACUGUUUUUGUCCUGGCAUUAUAUCUGCAUGCCCAGCAGGUGGAAUCCACAGCAAGGCUCGACUUCCUUUGGAAACUGCAGGCCACUGAAGAGAAAGAGGAAAUGGAGGAGCUACAGGCAUACAAUAGACGCCUCCUCCACAACAUCUUGCCAAAGGACGUGGCAGCCCAUUUCCUGGCACAAGAGCGGCGAAACGAUGAGCUGUAUUACCAGUCCUGUGAGUGCGUGGCUGUCAUGUUUGCCUCCAUCAGCAACUUCUCAGAGUUCUACGUGGAGUUAGAGGCAAACAACGAAGGGGUGGAAUGUCUGAGGCUCCUCAACGAAAUUAUUGCAGACUUUGAUGAAAUAAUAAGCGAGGACCAAUUCCGGCAGCUGGAGAAAAUCAAAACCAUUGGCAGUACGUACAUGGCUGCUUCAGGCCUCAAUGACUCUACUUAUGACAAGGUGGGAAAAACACACAUCAAAGCUCUGGCUGACUUUGCCAUGAGGUUAAUGGACCAAAUGAAGUACAUUAAUGAGCAUUCGUUCAACAACUUCCAGAUGAAAAUAGGGUUAAAUACUGGUCCUGUGGUAGCCGGGGUAAUAGGAGCACGCAAACCUCAAUAUGACAUCUGGGGAAACACAGUCAAUGUAGCCAGUCGAAUGGACAGUACAGGUGUUCCUGACAGAAUUCAGGUGACCACAGACAUGUACCAGGUUUUAGCAGCCAACAGCUAUCAGCUGGAAUGUCGAGGGGUUGUUAAGGUAAAGGGUAAAGGAGAAAUGACCACCUACUUCCUAAACGAAGGGCCACCGCUCAGUUAGCAGCAACCAUGGCACAACUUUAAAAAUGGUAUUUGCAUGGAGAAGAAUUGCUGUUUAGCUAUGGACCCAAAAAUACAGCGCAGUUGCAUUUUUUCAUGCAACGACUUUAGAGCAUGGUUCUGACAAGCAAACAAACUUUAGUCACGUGCCAUGCACUGCAGAAGAAAGAAAACACUGUGGAUUAAUUACUAGUGGAGUGCUAAAUCGACCAAAGAUGCACCUCUAUGGAAUUCCCAGAUAAAAGAAAUGAAUUGGAGCUUUGAAAAUGAUGCUGCUGCAUAGGACAUAAGAUAUUUAAAUAUUUAUUGAAGCUACACAACAUUUUACUUGGUUGAAGGAAUGUACGAUUCACUACAAAGCAUUAUUUUGGAAAGGAUUUGCACUCCUAUACUGUUUCUGUUCCAUACGGUCAGCUCUUUCAAGUGUACCCCUAUUCUUUUAUUAGCUGUUUGGAUAGACUUUCAAAAUUAAAAGUGACACCCACUAUUCUACACAAAAGGCCUUUCAGAACAGCAUCGGUAAUGUUUUUAAGGUUGAACAAGACACCUUGCCAUAUAAAACUGUCCCCUUUCCCUUACAUGGCUAACAGACUACUCUUCUGAAUAGGACUGGUACAUCUAAGAUCAAGAUGAGGAAACAUGGCUCUGCAAACAUAUUUAUUAAAUGAAAGUCUUCUGUGCUCUUCUUUGGUAUAUAUAUCAGUUUACAUGUGAAAGACUAGAUGAAAACAAGAGACACUUUAGGGGGAACCCCCCUCAACUUUCUUGUUUUUGUAUUUUUUAUUUUGUAAUAUUGAAAACAUGGAGAUCUAACAGAUAUACCAAAUUCUAUAUUUUGUAAAUUAUAUAUAUUAGAAAAAAAGUCUGUCCACACCAGCGUGUGGUGGGUUGUGUAUAUAUAACCUGCAGAACUAUGUGACAUUCUGUGUAUUAUUCUCUGGAUACAGACUUGGCAGUUUUCAGAUUAAGGGUAAACAAUCAAACAACUCUUGAUGAGGUUGCAGGCUGAGUCAGAUGCAUUUUUAAGUGAAAAUUCAGAAAACCCUCCAGAAAUCAUUACAAACAACUGUUCAUUUCAGGAUUCAAGAUGCAGUUGGGGGUGACAGAGCGCAGUGAAUGGAAUUAGAAUGCAUGAUAAAUAACUGAGCUGUUGAAAAUAUCAGACAAGCAUAACAGGGAAGAGCACUAAGCAAAUCUUCAUCUGAAGGUAGCAAAAAUUCUGUUACACUGGAACAAAAAUAAGAUCAGUUUAACAAUUCCUUUAAAAUUAUUUUUUUCACAGCAGCUAUUAAUAGAAUCCUGAUAAUACAAAAAAGUGUCCAAAAGUGCCAUUUGCCUUUACAAAGAACUAUGUACUGCAUUGCCAGGUUGACUAUCUUGUUGCAAACAUUUAAUUAAAUUAAUGAUUCACAGCUAUUUUAAGAGUUAGAUGAUUCUAUCUUUUUAAAAAAAAGACAGAUGGAUAAUUUGUAUGUGGAUUCAGGAGAUCUUUAGAGUGACACAGAUAUCAUGUUGAACAUAUCCUCUUACUACGGGGGGGGAAUAGGGGCGGUAUAUGAAUAAUUCGCUAUGAUUUAUGUACCUUUUUUAACUUGUAAAAAAUAAACCCUUGCUAUUUUAUUUUUUAAAAAGCAUUUUAAAGCCCUAUUUUUUAUAUUCUAUGAGGGGAGAGUUUUGAUACUGAAUUUGGCUAUCACUAAAAUGACUCAUAUUUUGACAUUCAGUAAAGUUCUUUUCGACUCUUCUCAGGGCAAAAAUUACUGUAUUAACAACUUAAUGAUUGCACUAUAGUGGUGAUUUAUAAAAUAAGUGUUUCACUUUAUUUUUUACAACAAGAGUAAGUUAAAAUGCAUGGGCCUGUCCUAAUUAAUUUACUAUGUUGCUUAGCAUCCAGCCAUUUAAACUUGAGCUUAAAUGACAUCCCUGUUAUCCUUCCUCUUCCCCUUUAAUAGGCCACAUCCUUGAAAAGUAUAGUAUAUUGACUUCUGUAAAACUGCCAAGUCUGCCUUGUACUAUACUUUUGCUGCUUUGCAUUUUCUGAUUUGCAAAAUGCUUUUGUUACAUGGCACAAUGACCACUCCCUUCCCUUCCUCCUUCUAUCCCUUUCUACCACUCAGUGAGUUUCAUUAUCUUCAUGAUGUACAUUCAUAUUUAGGUUUGCUUUCUACUUUACUAAAGUCUGUAUUCUUAACUUUUGAUCAGUCUGCUGCUCCACCUUGCGCAGCUGUGUUGUCAAUGAUAUUUUGAGUCCCCCAGUAUCUCUGACUGUGAUUGUUGACAGUGUGUCAUGAUCAUUUCAAGGGGUACACACACUAUUUUAGCUCCUAUAAAAUUGAUACCAUUAUGAUUUCCCAUGGAAAUUGAAAUCUAUUUAAGUAAUUUAACUAUAUUAAACACUGUUUCACUGGUAACAUGGCUUUGUUCUACAUUUUAUUUAAGAUGUAGCUGGCUCGUGAAAAGACGUAUUUGUGCAUCAGAUGAUAAUUAUGCACAAAUUUUAGAUGUUCCAUAUUUAAAUGUAAUGUAACUGGUGUGUUCUGUAUAGAAAACCUAGAACGCUAUUUGAAUGAAGUUUUGUGACCAAUUUGCCCAAUCCAGGUUAUCUACUGUGAGACUAUUUAAGCACAGAUCUUCUUAUUUGUACUAUGAACACCCCACUACAUGUGUACUAUGUAUUGAGGAACUGCCUAAGGUAAAUUGGAGCCAAUAUCAGAAAGCCUAAUUAUAGCUGGCAGAUUUAAAUAGAUGCUAGUAAAUCAUCUUACUUCGAAAUAGCAACCCUACCUACAAUGCUAUAGCUUUACUGCACAUGAUUUAUUUGCUUCUACUUUCAAAGUUAGCUUGUGUGAUGUACAACACAAUUUUAAGGAACAGAUCUGUUAACAUGCCUAGGCAUUAGAAGGAUGAGGCACUUCUGUAUAGGGGGUCAAGCUAUACCUCCUAGCUCUGAGAGCAAGGUUGAAGUGCCACAUUCUGUUACCACACUAACUCCCCAGGACAACUGGAAGGGGAACUAGUUCUCUUCAAAAUAACACCUAAUAGCUAGAUUUGCAAAGAGAUUUAAGCACGUAGGUGUUUAUAUCCAACAUUUAGGCACCACUGCCAUCCACAAAACUACUGCUGUCCUAACACUGUCCACAUCUAUAUUGCUGCUAGUAGGCAUGGGCCGAGCAACACAAGUGCUGAUGCUGCCCCACAGCUAAUGAGCUUUUUCACUUUAAGUAUUUAUUGGAGCAAGGCCUUGAACUUGAGGCAACAUCUAAACCACCACUGGUGUUGGUGUAACUCACCCCCCUGAGCCAGUGUGGACAGCGCUAUGUCACUAGGAAAGUGGCUCCAGCCCCAAUGGCAGUAGUUAAGCUGACUGGAGAGCUCUCUCCCAGCAGUUAAGAGCACUUACAGUGGCACAGCUGCUCUGCUGCAAAUGCUCUAGUAUAGUCAUGCCCUCUCUCUCCCUGUGCAUGGUAUGGAGGAACCUGGUGAUUUCAGCUUGGUGUCAGGGCCUCUAGGACUUAGGUACAGCAACCCUGGAAUUCAUAAUAUAUCUCAAAAUAUUAAAUAAGCUGAUUUAGAGGUAUAAUUUUUCAAGCACUAAACGGUCAGGCCCUGGUAUUGAAAAAGGAGCAUGGAUUUAGAUUGAUUAACCUAUCAUUGAUAAUGAUAUUUUUUUUAACUGAGUUUUCUCUUUACAAGUGAAAACAAGGACAAUUUAAAAAAAUUAAUAAAAAUAACCUCUAUUUCCUUUUGGUUAUAGGAUUCCUCCUAUUUCCCUGCCAGAGUAAAGAUAUCUUGAAUCUUGUACUAUUUGUAGCCCCAGGGGGAGGGGGAAAUAUGUUAGACUAGAAACCUACAAUCAGUACUGUACUCGCUACAUCUCCCCAGAAUCUGAAUUUCCCUUUUUUAAUCUCAGAGGUAUACAAAUAUUGCCAUCUGCUGGAAACAAACUAUUUUACACUUCAGGCAAGCCACUAUCUUAACACUUUUCUUUAAACAACCAAAACCAAACAUAGCAUCAUAAAAAUCAGAGAUAGUACAAUUUCCUAAGGACAGGGCAUGAUGUAUCCAAUACUUACCUGAUACUAGAAUUUCUCUCACCUAAAGUGACCAAAAGCAGCUGAAGGAAACCAAAAAAAACCCAUGUCACUUUUUUCUAGCUAACUCGUUAGACAAGAGUGAGUUUUUUUUGUAAUGUGAACAACUUAUAGCUCGGUUGUGAUGACUUCAUUCCCUGCUAAGUUAGCAGGUUUCAUCUUGAAAGUGCUUUCUGAACAUUAAUUCUCAGAAAAAAAGUCCAAUUAGAUCCCAAAUUCCAAGAUAAUCUUCCUGCCCAUGCAUGACUCUUCCCUUUUGUCUAUGUACCAGUGUUUUUUGUCCAGCCUAAUGUUUGUAUGCCAAGAAACAGCUUCCAUCACUUCUCCUGGAAGGUUAUUCUCUAGCCUAAUCCAUCUCAUUGUCAGGAAGAUUUUCAGGAUCUUGAGCCUACAUUUUCCUUGUCUUAAUUUUGUCCCAUCAUGAAUAAUUAUAUCCUCUCAACAUAUUAUCCAAUCUCUCUUACACUUAACAAUGGGGUCAACGGAGCUGCGUACGUGAUGAAUACAAUUUCAUAUGUAAAACCCCUGUAAAAUCACUUAAAGAUGGCAAAGUUUACAGAUUUUUUUUGUCCUAGUUAUGCAGAUGGAUCCACACAAGCAAACCCAUAUUGAAAUUACUGGGGAUUCUAGAAGCAGAUUCAUGUGCCCUUAUGGAUCUAAUUGCAGGAUCAGAGUACUACUGGGGCUUUCUUCCACUAUCACUUAAAAAAAAAAAAGGGGGAUAAUGUCUCUGCAAUGCAUUCAAUUAUGCAAAACCACUAAUACUACUAGCAUUCACACAUGCAUUUUUACAAUGGGUGGCUGAUACACAAACAUGUAGCUUUCCUGCUGUUACAGUCUUGCCAAGUGCCAAGCCAAAAGAGCAUAUGUUUAGUGUUUGUAAAUGUUAAUUCAUAUCUACUUAAUAGAUAAUCAGGGAUUCAAAAAAGCAAUUCGGGGGGCAAAGGGGGGAGAGGUGAGAAGCCUAAACAGAUGUCAUUUCUUCUUUGCUAACGAAACUACUGAUUAUUAAAGAUACGGCAAUGGGUGAUGAAUAACCUCACCAUUUAAAAAAAAAAAACUGACAGAACACUUGUUUUAAAGUCUCUCUCUACUCAGGCAUUUGAUGCAGAGAAAAUGAGUUCUUUAGGACAAAAAAGUGAUUGGAUUGAACCUGAUACAUUACCAACUACAUACUCAAACUUCCACAAAAAAAAACCAAAACAAAAAACCAAAAACUGUAUUUUCCUAGAGACUUGAUAUUAUUCUACAUUUUAUGCACAUUUGGGUAGUUAACCCACUAAAGAUUGCUAGAAAAAGCACAAAACAGAGAGGGCUGGUUAUUGUUCAGUGCCUGAGAAAAGGCUGGUUGCUGGAGAGAAAAAGAAAAGAACAAAAACAAAAAAAUCUAACCGUCUAUAGGAGAGAUUCUUAAAAGUUUCACAUUUCUAUCAGGUAUUUAAAAAAAAAAUCAACGGAAAAAGACCACACAGUACCAUGAAAGGGGUCAGAACUUUUAAGUCAGAAAACACACAGGGAAACAAUAAAAAAAACACUGCAUGUGUUUUAAAAAGCUCUAGUGAGGCAUUUGAACAUUCCUAAUUAAUCAAAUUUGAAUGGACUCAGGUUUUGUUUAUUUUCAUUCUUUUUACAUAUGCUGGAUCCAGUCUGCUUCAGAGCUUAACCUCUAAUAGGACACUGAGUGGCCUCAGCUUCCACUGAUAUCCCACUGAAUGCACCCACAACCUAUCAGAAUUAGGCCCUUUUCCUUGCACAACUCCAAUUCGAAUCAGACUUGGACUGUAACCAGUACAGAAUCUGUCCUCAUGAACCUGAUCCAACAUCUAGUGAUGUCAAUGGAAUGUCUCUUGUUGACUUCAGUGAGUAUUGGAUGAGGUCCUAUGGGCACCUGGCCCCACUAAGUCAAGGGAAAUUUUGCCAUUGACUUCAGUGGCUCAGGAUUUUACCCCAUAACAGGGUGCAUUUUCCAAACCUGUGCACAGAAAAAGUUCAAAUAGUCUAACUACUCACAUGAAGUUUGUGCACAAAACCAGUUCUGGACAUCUUCGAAUAUGUAUUACUAGCUUACAUGUUUAGUAAUGAAUCUGUGAGGAACUGUCACAGCUGGAGAGUAGAUAUUAUCUCUUCACUGUAAAUUCUGAUUUUUCAAUAAGCAUAGUUAAAUCUGUCUGACAGUUCUAUUUGCUCAUUAUAUCUGUUAAAUCAGCAGUUUGUUUCUGCCACUAGUAAUAGUAAUGUAGUAAUGGCUCUAGAUGUUACAGCAAGGGAGCGCAUCCUUUGAAAAGUAGGGGUAAGGGAAGAAGAUUAAAAGGAAAAACAGACACUUGCAAGAUUUCUCAGACUGAUACAUCAGCAGCCACUGACAGGGCAGAAAAAGCCUACAUCUGCAUAAGGACACAAGACUGGAACAAAGAGGUACUUCCUAAUAGCAUUUUUAGUACUACAACUGAGGUGAACUGAAUAGUGGUAGAAGAACUAUUUUAGACCUUCCAACAGAGCAGAUUUAUAAUGCUAAUUGUUUAGUUUCCUGAUGAGCUAAAAGCACUAUCUUGCAAACAGUUUAUUCAUUAACUGCAGAAGUUACAAAUACCAAGCCCAAUCCUGCAACCUGUGUUCAUGUAAGUAUUCAAUACACAUGCUAGUAUUCCCAUUCACUUGCAGCGGGCUGCUUCCAUAAGUAACCUGUACAAUUACUUCUUCAUGGCCUCUUUUUUCCCCAACAAGAAGCAACUCCAAUUUCCUCUGGGUGAAAUUCACUCAAGACCUAAGCACCAUUAAAUUCAUCAGAACUAGGCUUAAGGGGGACUUGCACUCAAUCAAGUCAAUGGGAGGUUUUCUACUGACUUCUCUAGAAGUCGGAUUGGGUCCUCAGUAUAUCAGCAUAACAAAUUAAAGUUCCUGAGUGAUUUUUGCACAUUUUUUUUUAAACAAAAAACCCCCAAAACCAAAAAAACCCCCAGAAUUUUUGGCUCAAGAGAGUGUGUUGAAAAGAUGAAAGCUUUAGUUUGUACUAAACACACAAUAUCCAUAUUUCAAACCCCAAGUUUAAAAUAGUGAAAGAUUUAUUUGUGUGUCUCAGGUGUCCUGAUUUCAAAAGGUUGCACUGCAAUCUAAUGGAACAUGUGUUUGGCAGUGGGUAGUCUCAGCUGUUUAAAACUACGGGUUUAACUAACAUUAUUGAAAUCCUUGUAUUCCUGCACAUAUGCCUUUUACUGUGUUUAAAAUUUCAAAUCCUCCUUCCUUUCUUUCCCACACUGCCCCAAAAUAUCAACAAAAUUGUCACAAUGGGAACAUACAAGACCAGACAAAUGCAUCCCCAUUCUAUUUGCUGGAUGAAUGAAAAAAAAUAAAAAGGUUCAAAGGCAAAGCACUCCCCUGCAACAAUUAUCUUAGAUCCCACAUGCACCAAGAUAUUUUCAGCCUCUUAAUUACAUAGGUCUUGGAAAGAGACAUUAUAAUAAAGAGUGCAUCAAAAAAUACAUACCACUGCUGUUCAUUUAGGACUGAUUCCAUUCUCUGUAAAUAAUCUUGGUCUUGGGCACCUGGUUCCCCUUGAGUAAGGUCACUUCCUUUAAAAAAAAUAAUAGUUGUUCCCAGUCUAGAUAUUUCUUCUCUGCUAUCAGCUUGAUUGCCAAUAAAUUACUGAAGAGAACAUUUUAGGUGGGGACUGCCUACAGAAAUCUGAUGGAGUAACAUUUCAUAGUAAGCAGAACCUCACUAAUCCCCAAGCCUAGUAAUGCUCACAAACAAUGUGGAAGCCUUCCUGCUAUUAAAACUUGAGCAAACUAUAUUAAAAUAUAUUUUCUAGUGUACUAUAAAGCACUGGACAUAAUUAACACAAAAUAUGAUUGUGAAAAUAAAUAGAAUGCAAUGUAAUGGCCUUGAUUGUUCAUCUGCUAAUUAAUUCACAAACUCUGGGACUCUACAAAGAUGUCCCAGCCACUAAUACAAAUUAAUGAGGUUCGACUCCAAUUCAGUAAAAUGUAAAGCUGCCAGAACCAACAAAAUCCCUGGAUCCAAAAAGGAUUUUUUUUAAACUGAACUCAGUAUAUAUUUGUUGGAAAUAAACUCACCACCAGUUGCCUAUAUGCUAAAUUAAGUUUCAGCUAUUAAUUCAUCUCAUAAAAUGGAUGGAGAGAGAAAAGCAAUAGCUCAAACAGAUUGCAAAUCAAUGUCUGUUUACCCACCUGUCAACUUCUUUUCAAAAUUCUAGUGUUCAAAUAGAGGAGGAGAGCAAGAAUCAUGGGCCAAGAGACAGAAUUUUAGGUUAUUUACUUAAAUAAAACUUGUCCAUAAAGGCCACUUUCAAAAGAUCAUUAAAAGCAAAUUAUACAGAGAAAAAUAUUUACCAAGAUUUAUAGUUAACUCAGGACUAGAUGGAAGGCCACUGGGACCAAGGAGCUAAUCCCCAUAAACAGAUGGUUUCCAGGUUAGGCUUUAAUUAAGAAAACACAUACACACAUCCCAUUAAAUUUAAUGUGCAAUCCAAUAUUCUCACAUUUAGUAACUCACUCAUUCCAAUCUAGUCUGCUAAUAUGCAAUAGCAUCUUUGUAUUCAGCCUAUACUACUGCCUCACAAAGGCAAAACUGAUUUUGGAAUUGGAACGCUCACUUGAUAUGCGGAAUAUGCCCUAUAUACACACACAUACAACUUUGCCAAUAUCAUACUUCUGAAGAAGGCUUUUUCCUGCUAUCAGUCAAGUUCUCCAAACUUUUAUUUGUCCUCAAGGGACAAUUCUCUGCAUGGAAAAGGACCCACUUUCCUCUACUAAUCCUGUAUUCUUUGUGUCUUCAGUCUUCAAUGAGGAUAAGUCUAAAUUCUCAAGUCACAAACAUCCACAGGCAUCUUGUGUUGAUCUUAAAAAAAAAAAAAAAAAAAAAACA